AUGCAAGGAAGGUGGCACGGCAACUCUGACAAAUGGCCGCAUAUAAAUCAGUUAGUAAAGGAACAGAAAAUCGGGAUAUUAUGCCUACAAGAAAUGCACCUCUCAGAUGAAGAAAAAGACACCCUGAACUCGUCCCCGGGACUCCAAAUCCACGUCAUAUCCUCAAUAGAUCCAACCCACCCCAAUGCUAAAGGAGUAGCAAUCAUUAUAAAUAAAAGACUCCUAGGUACAACAGGAAUCAAAAUGCACCAACUAAUCCCCGGCAGAGCCCUCCUAUCAGUCAUCCCUUGGCGUGAUGACAACCCUAUCAAAAUUCUGGCGAUAUACGCCCCAAACGAUACUCAACAAAAUCAGUACUUCUGGGACCAUGUCCAAUCAAAAUUGAGAAGCCUACCAAAACCUAAUAUAAUGUUAGGUGACUUUAAUAUAGUAGAAGACGCACUAGACCGCUUACCACCCAAAGCUGACCCCCCCGGCCCAUCUACCUUGCUGCAUGAACUUAAGACCCACCUGCACCUCAAGGACGGAUGGCGACACGAGAAUCCAGACUCCCUGAUCUAUACGUUUGCUCAAUCAGCAUUACAAGGGGGUAGCCAAUCCCGCAUCAACCACAUCUACCUCGACAGUGAGCUCCUACCAUACAGCAAAGAGUGGGAUGUCUCACCCCCCGGCAUCCACACAGACCACCAACUGGUCUCCGCUAGAAUAUCUAGCAAACGAAUGCCCUACGUAGGCAAAGGCCGCUGGUCACUCCCUCUCUAUGUCCUCAAAGAUGAAGAACUUGGCGACAAAAUCCUUGAUCUAGGAAGGACACUUCAUUGUGAGAUCAAUGAAUCAAAAGACCAACACACCAACGAAUUGAACCUGCAGACAGCAUUUAGCCUCUUUAAACAAGAGACAAUUAAGCUUUGUAGAACAACUGCGAAAAAACUAAUCCCCAAAAAGAAGAACAAACUAAGAGCGCAGCAAAAAGCCACUCUAGACGACCCGAACCUUUCGACUGAAGACAAGAAGGUGGUGAGCCUACACAUACAAGAAAAACUAAAUCAGCUGGAAAUCAUGCAACACGAAAGAGCGAGAGACCACUGA